CAGACGUUGACCACUAGGGGCGCUGUAGGGUUUUCACCGCUUCCUGCGCGAGAGCAGUGCAGCGACGUCGCACUCUGUCAUUGGCUGCUUAAAGCCGGGGUCAAACCCCACUGCGCAUGCGCAGAUGGUCUUACUUUCGGUAAGAAGCUGAAAUCUGUCAGGUCGGCGGAGCGUACAUUCCCUUUAAUAUCGCCGGAGUUUUCUUCCCCUAGUCCACGCUAGAGACGCGCUUCUGGCUCCGGGAGGCUCCCCAGUUGGACCCGAACUUUUCGACGUCGGCAGCCGAAGGAAAACAGCAGAGAAUGACGAGCAAUUUAAAGCGGAAAGAGGAAAGUCAUCAGCUGAAUGGGGGCGUAAAGCAGCCCACAUGGAGCAAAACCUUCAACAGUACCGCUGUGUGGGAGGAGAAGGAUGAGUUCUUAGACGUCAUUUACUGGCUCCGGCAAAUCAUCGCAGUGAUCCUCGGCGUGAUUUGGGGCGUCGCGCCGCUGAAGGGAUUUCUGGGAAUCGCCAUAUUCUGCGUCAUCAACGCCGGUGUGCUGUACGUUUACUUCAGCAGCUUCCAGCAGAUCGACGAGGAGGAGUACGGCGGCACGUGGGAACUCACCAAAGAAGGCUUCAUGACGUCGUUCGCUCUGUUUCUGGUGGUGUGGAUAAUCUUUUACACAGCGCUACACUUUGACUGAGAGGACGCCCGCCCUCCCCCACCCGGGGCGCUAAACAAACAUUUCAGUCGAGGAGAAAUCGCAGAGGACAGAGGCACGUCGACGCCCCUGCAUACAGUAUGGCUAUUCAGUGUGCAGUGCAUCAUGGGACAUCAAAGAUCGAUUUCUUUUUAAAUCCUGCAAGACCACCGCAUUGUUCGAGAUCCACUAUGACGGCUCCCCUUUAGAAGGCCCCCCUUUGUUUCAGUAACCCAUUAAUAUAAAUGUCUCCCUCACUACAUCAUCCUUUUCUUCAGAACACUAACGGAUGUUUGGGUCUGCGAUGGAACAGACGGGUAUUCAUCGACCUCUGUGCUGCCUGAGGAGCACCAUGCGAUCGUAGAGAUGAGUCUCAUCCUUGUGUAGUUUAUUCAGCUUCAAUCAGUCCCUGAGCAGGAAAGGUUGCUUUUCGCCUUUUUAAUUGGGGAACAAUUGAACGCAACAUUUUGGAUUCAUUAAAACUACCUUUAACGGAUUGUUUGUGGUUUCAAUGUUAAAUAAAUGAAAAAAAGUUACUUAAAUUUAAACCCUAUAUUCCUAAUUGUUUUUAAGACAAAUCUGAUACAUAAGUAAAAUUACUUCGAAGUGUCACGGCAGUGAAGCACAUUGAAGGUUAUCGUCAAGGUUACUGUAUGUCUUUAAAUGUUAAGCAUCAUGUGUUAAGAAAAAUCUGAGCUUCCAUGUUUUUUAGUGUUUUUUUAAUCAUUUUUGAUCACUGGAUAAAAAAACAAGUAUUUUCCAAUAAAAAAAAUUCUGGAAAUUGUUAUUUCUUUUAAAGGUCUGGUGUCCAGCAAAGGUUUAAAGGUCGGCUGAAAUGUCACUCGUGCUAAUUUUAACAUCGAAAAAAAAAAAACCCUGGCUGCAGCCAUCGCUGACAUCUGAUCCUGUUGCCAUGGUUACGUGGGAACUAGUAACCGUCUGCCGCUCGAGGCGGAGAGAAAAGGGCAAACGUUCAGACUCAAGCCGCUGUAACAUCGGGGUGUCAUUUACUAUUCACAGCAUUAGUUAGGAGGGUAGAAAUGUUAUUUUAUUCUAACGUGUAGCUUCCGGCUGAGUCUUACAACUUGUUCUGACAUUAAUUUAUACUUAAACUGUAAAUUCUGUACAAUGUCCAUUUUGUCAAAACCACCAUGUAUUUCACAGAUUUAUUUGUAAAUUAUGUUAUGCAUCGUAACAUUUGUCAGUAUUUUAGUGAAGAACUCUUAAUCACGUUUAAUAUGAGUUUUUGUCAUCGACUGUUCUGACAUAUGCACCUGAAAGGAUUGUAUUUUCUGAUCAAGUCUUUGGGGUUCAUUAAACAUGGACUUUAUUGGGCCUUCGUUUUCA